AUGCCUGUAAACGUGAAAAAAAACCUCCUUUACAAGACUAAAAGGUCCAUUCAAAAAUAUUUUGCCGAGGUCCAUUGUUUUCUGUGCACAUGCACACUCUCCUUCAUUUCUGACGAGCAUUCUCUAAGAAGGUUCAUUUCGACUCGACUGGUUUCGUCUUGUGGUUCAUCGCUUCAUUUUCACGCUGCAAAAGGAGCGUCGCCAUCCCUCAAAGAGUGA